UCUUCGUUGACCAUUCUAAUCAUUAGGUAUUGAUCUACUUGAACUAUACAAUUUGUUAAUUUCAUAACGUAUUAUUACUUUAAGGCGUUCAUCUAUUGACGGAUUGCAAUCCAUCUAUUGAAAUCAACAGUCACAUCAAAUCUGACAAUAAACGAUCAUGGCGAACACAACUGACAGUCACUUUAUCAUGGAAGCCAAAAGUCAGUUUUUCAACUUAUUGGAGAAAGAAUUAGUAUUCGACACCGAAGUCGACUCAUGGUUUUUAAUGCAAUCGCCAUUGCCAGUGUUUUCCAUUAUAGCAGUUUAUUUAUUAUUCAUUUUAAAAAUCGGUCCAGACAUGAUGAAGAACCGUGAACCAUUCCGACUCAAACACAUAAUGUUAGCUUACAAUCUUUUUCAAACAACUUAUAAUGCAUUUAUACUGUAUUUGAUAUUUUAUACACCUGGAGGAUUGUCUAAUAUGUGGAAUCAUUCAUGUCAUCCAAUUGAAAGAAGCAAAAAUAAAUUCUUAUUGUAUGAGUUGAAUAAAGGUUCAUGGUAUUUUUUCAUCUCCAAAGUCAUUGAUUUGUUGGAUACGAUUUUCUUUGUUUUAAGAAAAAAACAGUCCCAAGUUACAUUUUUACAUGUUUACCAUCAUUCAAAUAUGGUCAUCACGUGUUGGGCGUAUUUGAGGUUUAUCAAAGGCGAACAAGCAACAUUACCCGGUGGAAUCAAUUCAUUAAUUCACACUAUCAUGUACUUCUAUUACUUCCUAGCAGCCUUGGGCCCACAAAUGCGACCUUAUUUAUGGUGGAAGAGAUAUUUGACUAGAAUGCAAAUCAUUCAAUUUGUAAUUAUUUUAUUCUGGUAUAUAGGACUAGUCUGUUUUAAUUGUGAUUUUCCGAAAAUUUACAUUUAUUAUAUGUUUGCAAAUGUAACUCUCUUUCUAUACUUGUUCUCGUUGUUUUACAAAAAAACGUACACCAAAACCUCAAAAACAGUAAAAUCGAAUUAAAUAUUAAUAAAAAAAAAGCACAAUUAUUUUAUUUUAAUAGUCAGAAUAGAUUUAUAAUAUCUAU